AUUGGCUACUCGCAGCCUCUUUGCUCUAAUUUAAUCGUACCUGUUUGUCGGCGUGUACUUUUAGCUCGCGAUCCAGCCGAAAUUGAACGCAGUAACUUGGUAAAUAUUUGUAAGCUCGUGGUUAAGGAAUUAUUGGAGCAAUCAUUAAGGUUCGGACGUAUGUUAGACUCGGAUCACUUACCGCUGCAGCACUUCUUCAUUGUAAUAGAGCAUGUGUUAGGUCAUGGUUUGCGUCCAAAGAAGGGUCUUUUGGGGCCACGCAAAGAAUUAUGGGACCUGCUUCAAAGUGUAGAAAGCUAUUGUCCUGAAGCACAGGACAUAACAGCUAGCGUUCGUGAUCUUCCCACUGUGCGGACGCACAUUGGCCGUGCUCGCGCUUGGCUGCGCAUAGCAUUGAUGCAGAAGAAACUGGCCGAUUAUCUGCAGGCACUUAUCGAGCAUCGCGAUGACUCGCUCUACGAAUAUUAUGAGCCACAUGCGCUAAUGAUGAGCGAUGAGAUUGUUGUCAUAAUGGGUAUCUUAGUAGGCCUAAAUGUGAUUGAUUGUAAUUUGUGCGUGAAAGAAGAAGAUUUGGAUUCACAGCAGGGUGUUAUCGAUUUUUCCCUUUAUUUGCGUUCGAGUUCGCGGAGUAACGAUAACGAUGAGGAAAUCAAUCAAUCACUGGAGGCGAAUGGUCAGGGCAAUAUGAUAGCCGUAUUGGACCAGAAGAACUAUAUUGAAGAGCUCAAUAGACAUUUAAAUGCCACGGUAGGUAAUCUUCAGGCCAAAGUUGAGUCUCUUACCACUACAAAUGCGUUAAUGAAGGAGGAUCUUGCGAUUGCGCGUAAUAGCCUAUUGGCAUUACAAGCUGAGAAUCAGGCGCUGCGUCAAAGCACCACAAAAGAUACUCCUUCAUCCAAUGCUGAAGCCAGUCCAAACAAAUCAACAGAUCGAGCGAAUAAAGCAACUAUCGAAUCGCUCACUGCCGAAUUAAGUGAAGAGAAAAAGAAAACUCAAGAGUUAGAUAAGGAGUUAAAACUACAAAUAUCACUAAAAGCCGAAUCCGAUAUGGCAAUGAAAUUGCUGGAGAAGGAUAUACACGAAAAACAGGAUACGAUUGUAUCACUGCGACGACAAUUAGACGAUAUUAAACAAAUUAAUUUGGAAAUGUAUCGCAAAUUACAGGAAUGUGAAGACGAACUCACACAAAAGGGUGAGAUGGUUUCACGUCUACAAACGAAAGCAUCGCAAAUUGGCAACAUUUUGCAGUCAUUAGAGAAAAAAUACGAGUCUAAGUUAGAGCAGCAACAGCAACAACAACAGAUAGGUAGUCAACCAGGUGGAGAAAAAUCGCCCAGUACACGUCGUCAGCAAAACCUACAAAAAUUCGAAGCACUUACUAAAAAGCACCGCCAGGAUAUCGGACCACCAGUUAAGCGUUUACAUCUAAAGGUCGACGCUAUACCACCUUUUAAUCCUAAUAAUUACCGUAAAUCACCAUCAGCAUCCGUUGCGCCUGAAAAACUAGAGACUGAAGGUGAACUUAAAACGCCAACCUCGGCCAAAUCAUUCACCGAAGUAGAUAAAUCGUACACAGAGAAACUGAUGGACACCUGCAAAAGUGACUAUGCGCUUUCGGAAGGGAAAAUAUAAAAUUGAUAAAGAAUAAUUUUAAUUAAAAUUUGAGGCUUGGCAUUAAUUUUAUUUUACACGUAAAUGUAUGUAUAAACGAAAACUCGGAAAAUUUCAAUAUUUAGUGAUUGGUGUGAAACCAAAUAAAACUUACCAAUGCUUUUAAAAAUAACUACAUAGUUAUUAGAUUUUUGA